CUACCCUUGUUCGGUAGGUGAGGAGAAUCACCUCUUGGCAGUCCGAACUGAGUCCGAUCCCUAGAGCGUGUAGAGCGGUGGUGCCCAGAGGCUUAGCGAGCUCCCCUUCAGGUGUGCGUCCGCGAGCGGCCUAUGCUGUUUGGCACUCAUGGGUGUAAGCAAGUUAGAUAUUUUAUACCGGAGACUUCUCCUCACAAAACUUUUCAUCAGAGGAUGGGGAAGGCCAGAAGAUCUCAAAAGACUCUUUGAAUUCAGAAAGAUGAUUGGAAAUCGAGAAAGGUGCCAGAACCUGGUUUCAAGUGACUAUCCGGUACACAUCGAUAAGGUUGAAGAACAAUCAGACUGUAGGAUCCUAGAUGGACACUUUGUCUCUCCCAUGGCCCAUUAUGUGCCUGGUAUCAUGCCAGUUGAAUCUGUUAUUGCAAGGUUCCAGUUUAUCGUGCCUAAGGAAUGGAACAACAGAUAUAGACCUGUGUGCAUUCAUCUGGCUGGAACAGGAGAUCACCAUUACUGGAGACGCAGAAUGCUUAUGGCUCGUCCUAUGAUUAAGGAGGCCAGAAUGGCUUCGUUGUUGCUAGAAAACCCUUAUUAUGGCUGCAGGAAGCCCAAGGACCAAGUAAGAUCCAGUUUAAAAAAUGUGUCUGACCUGUUUGUGAUGGGAGGCGCUCUCAUUCUUGAGUCUGCAGCUCUCUUGCACUGGCUGGAGAGGGAAGGUUAUGGACCUCUUGGGAUGACUGGAAUAUCUAUGGGAGGACAUAUGGCCUCCUUAGCAGUGUCCAACUGGCCCAAGCCCAUGCCAUUGAUUCCAUGCCUGUCUUGGUCCACAGCGUCUGGGGUCUUCACUACGGGUGUAUUGAGUAAAUCAAUUAAUUGGCGGGAACUGGAAAAGCAGUAUUAUACACAGACCGUUUAUGAAGAAGAAAUUAUUCAUAUGCUUGAAUACUGUGGGACAGAUUCUUUCAAAAUGGGACACGAGUUUAUGAAACACUUCCCUAGCAAGGCAGACAAGCUGACUAACCUGAAUCUGGUCUCCAGAACUUUAAAUUUAGAUAUGACAGACCAAGUUGUAUCCCCAAAGCAUGCCGAAUGCCAUAAUUCUGGUAAAACAUCUGUCAGUGAUACUUCAAAAGGACAGCUGUUGCAAGAUACAGCUAAGAUGGAAUGUUUGAAUCAAACACUCUCAACUAACAAAAGUUGGUUUGCAAGUUACAACCCUCAGUCAUUUCACCUGCUCAGCAAAGAACAAAGAAGAAGCAAUCUUCAAAAAGAAUCUUUAAUAUUCAUGAAAGGAGUCAUGGAUGAAUGCACUCACGUAGCAAACUUCUCAGUUCCAGUUGACCCAAGCCUCAUUAUAGUGGUCCAAGCCAAAGAGGACGCCUAUAUUCCACGAACAGGAGUUCGAAGCUUACAAGAAAUUUGGCCUGGUUGUGAAAUCCGAUAUCUAGAAGGGGGUCAUAUCAGUGCUUAUCUUUUUAAACAAGGACUCUUCAGACAAGCCAUCUACGAUGCCUUUGAACGUUUCCUUCACAAAUAUGCUAACUAAUUGGAUCGAUGUAUUGUAUAACAUUCUAUUUCCUGCUAAAAGAGUUCACCCUGUGAUGAUGUGAAAAACAAGCAGACAGCACUACAUGCCUGAUUGUUGCCAAAUUAGUCUGUAUUGCCAGUGUUACGGGUCAGUUACCAACUGUAGAUACGUCUCAGUAAUGUAAAAACAGUACUUGAAUCAUACAAUCCUGAGGUAUUUGUAAAUCUUAUAAAAAUCUCAUAUACCUUAUAUAACAUCAUAUACUUAUAUAACAUCUAUUGUUACUAUUUAUGAACAUUUUAAUUGUGAAUAAUUUAUUGAUUCAGAAUACAUAGAAGCUAUUGGUUUUUAAUAGAAUUGUUGAAACUGAGAUUGUAACAUCACAUGUAUUGUAUACUGUUCUAUGGCAGUUUUGUUAUUAACUUGAUUUUAAAAAACCCGUGUCUAUCCUUUUUGUCUGUGUAGUGGGUUUAUAAUCUAGUUUUCAAGUUCAGGUAAUUUAUUGCCAUAGGAAUACCUAAGAUAUUAAAUCAGUGUUAGCUUUGAAUUAUGAAACAUCCUGAGUGUCAAGCUGCAUGCACCCUAUGUGGUAGUGCACUUGUAAUCCCAGCACCUCAGAGACAGGAGUCCAGUCGUUCUUUUUCAUAGCAAAUUUGAGACCAGCCUGAGCUACAUAAGACUGUCUCAAAAAAUAUGCCUGGCAUGGUAGCUCAUGUUUUUAAUCCUAGCAGGUAGGAGACAUAGGCAAGCAGAUCUCUUGAAGAGCCAGGGUUGGGACCAUGCUUGCCCAGCCUUUGUAGACUCUGAGGCCAGUCCCCAGCACUGCCAAACAAAAAGAAAAGCUGGAGGUGUUUAGGAAAUGGGGUUUGUACAUGUUUUCUCUACUUAAGAGAGUUUUAUGUUGAAAAAUGCAAAUAAUAAAAGAACUUUGUACUA